AAUCAAUGCACGCUCGCUGGUACUUGGCUAUGCAAAUGCUACCUUGUACGCCGAAACAGAGGGCCAAGAGAGAUGGAUAACAGAAGCCAGAAAGUACUCGCAUGUAGAAAGACCAACUUGACCGCAAGAAAUAACACACUGGAGCACUGA